UAGCUGUAGCUAACUUCACUCUGUUUCCGCGUGUUGAUGCUGAAGAGAGGAUCGUGUAGAAACGAGUGUUUUUGCAUCGCAGAGAGUCAGAAGUAGAGGAAAAUGGACAUGAAGAAGAGGGUUUCUUUAGAGUUGAGACACCGGUCUCCAGCGGAGGUGCAGGAGCUGGUCCUGGACAACUGCCGCUCCAGUGAGGGAAAGAUUGAAGGAAUCACAGAGGAGUUCUCCAACCUGGAGCUGCUCAGCCUCAUCAACGUCGGCCUGACCAGCGUAGCGGACAUCCCCAAACUGGACAAGCUCAAAAAGUUGGAGUUGAGUGAUAACAGGAUAUCAGGCGGUCUGGAGGUUCUGGCAGAGCGGCUCGUCAAUCUGACGCACCUCAACUUGAGCGGCAACAAGUUCAAAGACAUCAGCACGCUGGAGCCACUGAAGAAACUUUCUCAGCUGAAGAGUUUGGAUCUGUUCAACUGCGAGGUGACCAACCUGGGCGACUACCGGGACUCCAUCUUCACGCUGCUGCCUCAGCUCACCUACCUGGACGGAUACGACGCCGACGACUGCGAGGCGUCCGACUCGGACGGCGAGGCCGACGCCGUCGAUGAUGAAGGAGAGUCAGAGGAGUUCUGGGAGGAGGAAGAGGACGAUGAUGAAGAUGUGGUGGCGGAAGUGGACGACGACGACAGCGGUGAUGAUGAGGACGGGGCGGUGAACGGAGAGGUGGACAGCGAGGAAGAUGACGAGGAUGAUGAUGAAGAGGAUGACGAGGAAGAUGAUGAUGAGAAUUCGUCUCCAGAAAAGGGACAGAAGAGGAAGAGAGAGCCUGAAGAUGAAGAUGAUGAUGAAGAUGAUGAGUGAACCCUCCCACUGUUCCCAUCAGCCAACACCAGCUCUGCUUCCACUCCCACUGGGCUGCUUCCCCUCCGUUAAUCCUUCAGAACCAAAAUAACUUCCUCCUCUACGCUUCACGUGUAUCUUUUAUCAACAAUCCGCUCAACUCCUCAGAUUCUUCCUACGUUUUUUUGUAGAUUUCUUAUAAACUCAGGAAUAAAAUAUAAAAACUCAAAAGUUAGGAGACAUUUAUAAACAUUUUCUUUCCUUUUAAAAUAUGGGUUUUCCUCCCUUUUUUUUAAUUUUUUGUCAUAUUUAUACAAUCGUCACUUUUUCAGGAGCUCAAGGUGGAAAAUGACCAGAUUUAAUUUUUACCAGUUUAAUUUCUUUCUCCAAAUAUAUCCGACUAUAUUUUACCAAUAGCAACACAAAGAUCGUAAUGUCUUCACAGAAAACAUGAAAUCUAAUAUUUUCCUCUUGGAAACGUCUGCAGUCAUAAAAUAAAGCCUCAGUUGAAUUAACGUUUCGUUGGUCGAUUCCAUCAGAAGCCGUUUGUGUAAUGAUGUAAAAUAAUAAUAUGUGAAAUGAUUAAAUUCAGGUCGGUGGAUGCAGGUUAUUGUAUGUUGAGGUUUGGCUCUCGUUUUUUUUUUUCCCCCCUUUGACCUUUGACCCGAUCUGUCGUCCCGGUUCCCCGCAGCCAGCUGCGCUCAGGGCAAACUGUCUUGUUUUGUUUGUGUUUUUUUUUUUUUUGCCAGCAGAGCUUUUUAAAAAAUCUAUUUUUUCAGAGAAAGUUUUGUUUACUUUUGUAUGGCUGCCUCAGGGCGCCGUCUCUCUCUCUCUCCCUCUCUCCAUCUCUCUCUCUCCAUCUCUCUCUCUCUCUCUCUCCAUCUCUCUCUCUCCAUCUCUCUCUCUCUCUCUCUCCCUCUCUCUCUCUCUCUCUCUCUCUCUCUCUCUCUCUCUCUCUCUCUCUCUCUCUCUCUCUCUCUCUCUCUCUCUCUCUCUCCCUCUCUCUGUCUCUCUCUCUCUCCAUCUCUCUCUCUCUCUGCCUCGGCGUUCGUUUCCAGAGAGAUCCGUCACUCGCAUCGAAGCCAUGAGGUCGUUUGCUUGUUUUAUUUUUAUUACUUUCUGUAAGUUAAAAAUGAGAAAUCAUACAAAAGGACUCUGUAAAUAAAAUCUUAACAUUUUCCUCCUGGUGUCUCUUCAUGUUUUCAUUCUGAAUUUACAUGAAAAUGUUCCUAAUAAAAAGAUUUGUAUGGUUAAUCUUUUAUUGGUAAAUUUCUACACAAAAAGUUGUAAAUUGCAGAGAAACAGAAAUUUAUCCCCAAAAUUCUAAAUUUUUUAAGUUAAUCUAAAGAAAAUUCUAGAAAAAAAUCAUAAAAUGACUGAGUUUCAAAAGUAAAAAAUUUGUCAUGUGAAAAUCUUAAAAUUAGAGAUUUUUGAGUUUUUAAACUCAGAAAUUCCUUUAUUUUUUCUACAAAAAUACAACUGAAGAAUCUGAAUUAAUGAGUUACAACAUUUAAUUUCCCUUUGGGAUCAAUAAAGUAUCUUUCAAUUGAAGAUUUCUUUGGUGGAAAUUAUUUUUCUAUGUGAAAUGACCUUCAUAUGUUGCAUGUUGAUUAUAAGAAGUUACAAAAUAAAUUUUCUGUAACUUCUAGUUGUGACACGUUUGUCCACAAGGGGGCAACAAAUCAACGUUUUUAAGACGAAAUUAAUUCAUUUCUCUCGACAAUAUUAGUUCGGCCUGGGGCUGAACGACAUGGGUAAAUCGGUAAAAAUCUUUUUUUCAUAUUAAGUUAAAUUUUGUUAGAUCUUUUUCUUCUCUAACUUUCCUUAAAUAUAAAUUUCAAAUUACAGAAAAUAAUUUUCUAAAAGCUGCCUUUGUUUGAAUUGUUUCUUCUGGUAAUUGACUUGAAUUCAAAGUCCAACUAAAUAAAAUCUGUAAAAGCGACUUUUUAAAUAUUUAAUUGUUAUGAAUACAUUUGAUUUGAUUAAACUGGUUUAUCAAGUUUAACCGCCACAACAUUUAGCAGUUUCUCAUUAUUUUCAGCAAACUGCUAAUUAUUUAGGAUCUACAUCAAUUGCUUCUGUCUUUUGUUUUAUGUUUUACAUCAUUUGCUUUUAUUAUGUCAGUCAAAAUUAUCUAUACUAUUGAACGCUGAAUAGUUUUCAUUUCAUUGUUUGAAUCAUCACACACAAAAAUAAAGUAGUUCAAUAUCU